CUACCCAUCCCUCUUCAUCUACCACAUCUACCACAUCUACCACAUCUACCACAUCUACCACAUCUACCACAUCUACCACAUCUACCACAUCUACCACAUCUACCACAAUGCUGGUCUCAAAGCUCAUCCAAUCCACCACCAUAGAUUUCCGCAACCUAUCAUUCACUCUCCUCCUGCUAUCCACUACAGUCAUGUUAUAUUUCAGGACUCUAUUAGCGCAUCCCAUCCACAUUAUUAGCACUCCUGAAUCAGUGCAGACUCCAGAUUCAGCACCAACCGACGCCCUCGCCUUCCUCGACGAGCCCGUCUUCAAACCACUGGCAUCUCACAUAGCGGACCACCCAUAUCCAUGGCGUGAUAAACGCCCAUUCCAGGAGACCAACUUUGCGUUGCUCAUGGGUGCAGUUCAUUCUCUUCUUGAGGCAGAGCUUGACGAGGAAGAGGGUGGUCUGGGUUUGAAUGGGAGUUAUGGGCAGCAGGAUGUCGUUGAGAGUAACUCGUCCGAGACAUACCUUCUCUGGGUUGGUGAUAAGGAUGAUGAAAAGCGGUCUUGCACUUAGAAAAAGCGCUCAGAGGAAUUGAGAAAGUGAAGAUGGUCCUUUGAGACCUGGGAUUGUGAGCAGUUCAUUGUUGGGAAGUGGGUUUUAGGAUCCAUUGUGAC